CCGGCGUGCCCGCAGGUCACCUGCGGCAAUUGCUCGUGCGCGGAGGCCCUGCCGCUCCGCGAGAUCCUGUGGGGCUCGGCCGGGGUCGCUCUGGCUGCCGGCUCUGCGGGCCUCGCCGCUGGGGCCGCGGUGGGCUUCGCGGCCGGGCGCCUGGUCCUGCUGCCAGGCGCUUGCCAGCGCCGGCGAGAGGCUGGGGCGGGAGGCGCCCAGCCGCGGCCAGGCCCAGCCGCCGAGGCCAUCGUGGACGAGCCUCCGGCCCAGGCGCCGGCGUCGAAUCGCGCAAGGUUGCUGGCGCGGGCAGGCACAGGACAGGGGCAGAUCCCAGGUAUCACCGUUUUCCUCAACUACGGGGACGCGCUCUAUCAUGAGCGGAUCCUGCUGGCGUGGGUGGUAGAUUCGCUGUUCAUCGUCAUCACGCCUGACUUUGACGUGUACAUUGAACAAAUUGACGCUUCUAAUCCAGAUCUCGAGGCUCUGAGGGUUAGCGACCAUGCGGGCUCGAUCCCAUUUGGGCUCACGGGGGCGCAGCUAUAUCGCUUUCGAGCUCGGCCCGCUGGAGCUGACUUGGUGGUGAACCUCAUGGCCGAGGGUCGGCACCACGCGAGAGUGGAGCGGGCGGCGCGAGGCCUGGCCCCGCCACCAGGGCAGGACGACAUCAUCGGCCCGGGAGGCAAUGCGCCGGCGGUCGUGCCCAUCCCGUUGCCUGUGCCGCCGCCAGUGGCUCCUGGAGUGCCCGCGGUUCCCAUGGCCCCGCGCGUGGCGGGCGCCGCGGGGGCAUGGGUUUUCGACGAGCCGGGCGAUUCCUUCGCCGUCGGCCAGGAGUUCGCCCUGCCGGCCAACGCUCUCGACGUGGGGGGCCGGACAUUCGUGUCCGUCAACGGCAAGGCGGUCAGCGGGACGCGCGUCGCGGCUGGGACAGACCUUGAUGGGUGGGCCCGGCAGCGCCAGGCGCAGCUGAUGAGGGCGGACCCUCGUGUCCUGCCUCGCCCCGCUGGCGGUGAGCAGUCGGCUUUCGUCGACGAUGUGAGGCUGAUGAAGCGCGACCCCAGCGUCCCAAUCGGGAUCAAGGGCCCCGCCACGCUGCCCGACACCCUCGCGGACCUCAGGAAGGGCUCGACUGGGGGGUUCACGGCCGCGCACGACCGUUGGUUGGUGGACUCGAAGGUGCCAGCCUCCAGCAGGUCCGGACACGAGCAUCGUGUCCUGAGCCGUGCCUUGUCGAUGGCACAUGAAAUCGACGGGCUGAACUUGCCGAACUUGACGUGCCUCGAGUACAUUAAUCGUCGCCGUCAGCUCAUCGAGACGGCCCACCGCGACGAUCCCGGCACCGGCGUCCACGUGGCGCCGUCGCUCCGCGCCCAUGUCGCCACUGAGCUGUCCAAGGAGACGGCCAUCGAGAAGGAGAGGAGAAAGGCCCGCGAGCCAUUCGACGGGGACCGCGUCUCCCUGCCCCCUCUCGGCAAGGGGGCGGCCUGCCUCUCGGGCGCGCUCGACCCGGAGGCGGCCGCAGUUUUGCAGAACUUUGAGACUGACCUGCUCGCCUCGCCUGACGUGGUGGAGCAGCGGCGUAUGUCGGCGCCGGCGCAGCCGUACCUCGACCUCGAGUUCCGGGCGAGCCGGCCCAAGUACAUCCAGUUCUUGUCGAUGUUGAAGUCCCGCGGUAUCAUCUCUCUUGUCGGCCGCCGCCGAGGCAGCGUGACCCCGUUUUUCGUUUCCAAGAAAAAUGGGAAGCAGCGUUUGGUGCUGGACUGCCGGCUCAUCAACGUCCUUUUCCACCACGCCCCCGUGAUGGAGAUCGGAGCGCUGGACUGCCUGAGCGGGCUCGAGGUGCCGCGGGGCCGCCAGGUGUUCACGGCGUCGGCGGACAUCGAGGCCUGCUUCUACCAGUGUGGCGGGCUGGGGUCGCUCAUCGAAUUCUUCUGUCUGCCAGGAAUCUCGGUGGCAGAAGCGACGCACCUGGGCUUCGACGUCACGGGCUUGUUCCACGACGCAAAGAUGAAGCUUCACGUGGCGUUGAACGUGCUGCCGAUGGGCUGGUCCUGGGCCUUCUGGUUCGUCCAGCGCGUCCACCUAGAAAUGCUGCGGCGCGCUGGGAUUGACUCCAGUCGCCUGGCGCUUGGCGGGUGGCCGCUGCCGCUGCUGGAGGGCGGCCCUGUCGAGCUCCCAUACUCCGACAACGUGAACGUGAUCGGGCUGGACCCGGUCGCCGUCGGGGAGCUCCGCGACAAGAUCGUCUCCACCUUCAAGCGGCAUGGCUUCGCGAUGCACGAGAUUUCGCCCGUCUCGGACGCCGCGGUGAUCCUGGGCGCGAGCGUCGGCGGAUCUCCGCCGAGCACGCGCCGGGUCUUGAACAAGUUGCUGUUAGUGCGAGGGGCGCUGCAGUGGCUGGCUUCGGGGCCCACCGUCACUGGGCGCCAGGUGGAGGUCAUCGUCGGGCACUACGUUGCGCUCACGUCCUUCAACAGGCUCGGGCUCAGCGUGAUGCGGUCGCUGUGCGAUUUCAUCCGCGACAAGUACGUCGUGCCGACGCGCUUGUGGGCCUCCUGCCGGUACGAGGCGUGGGUAAUGGCCGACGUGAGCUUGCUUCUCUCUGCGAGGCUCGACCGGCCGUGGUCGCUCGUCGUGACGGCCUCCGAUGCCGCGAACCGUGGCAUGGCGGUGUGCGAAGCAAUUUUCCCGGUCUCCGCCGUGGCCUCCGUCGGGCGAUGGCGGGGGCGGUGGAGGUACAGGCGGCUGAAUCCCGACGAGUGGGCGCCGAGGUUCCGCUGGAUCCCGUCCGAGUUCAACCCCGCGGACGCGGGCAGUCGGCUCUUCGAGCACCAGGGCCCGCUCGGCCACGCUUGGUCCGCUGAGUCGAGCUGGCGGGUCGCGGCGGCGCUGAGCCAGGCAUCCAAGUCGCCGGCCUCGGCCGCGGCCCGCUCGCACUGCGAGGAGGCCGCAGCAGGCGCUGCCACGCGCGCCAACUACAGGCCGCUCUGCGACGCCUUCCUCGACUUCUGCCAGACGAAGGGCCGCGUCCCAGCCGACGUCAACGAGCUGCAGAUCAGGCUGCUCGAGGCGCUCGACCACCUGCUUGGGGCCGAUGGUACCAAGGGCGAUGCGGACACGCUCGUGGCGGCGGUCAAGGAUCACUUCCCCUUCGCGGUCGGCUCGGGGACUCUGCCUCGGGUGACCCGCGCCCUACGGGGGUUCGGGAAGAAGCGGCCGCCUCGGUCCCGGGCACCGGCACCAAAGGAGCUCAUGGCGGCAGCGGUGUCGAUGCUGCUGGCCCUGGGGCUGUACGACCAGGCGCUGCAAGUCGCGGUUCUGUUCUACACCUACAUUCGCCCUGGGGCUCUCCGACAGCUGACGGUCGGGCAGCUGCUGCCCCCAGCGAGGCGGUCGGGGCCGCUGAGCCACUGGUCGAUCAUCCUGGCACCGACCGAGACGGUGGGCGCGCCCCGGGUCCUGACCAAGACCGGCACCUCGGACGAGACGGUGCUGCUGGACGAGCCCGCCUGGCUGGGGCCUGUGCUGCAGGCGCAUGCGCGGGGCAAGCCUCCGACCGCCCCCCUCUUCACGACGGGCGGCCCAGGCAUGGCAGCGGCCUUCGGCCGUGCUGUGGCCGCCCUGGGCGUCCCGGGCGUAUGCCUGUACCAGCUCCGGCACGGCGGGGCCAGCGACGACCUGCUCACCCAGAGGCGGCCGGCGGACGCCGUGAAGGCGCGCGGCCAUUGGAAAUCCGAGAGCAGCUUGCGCAGGUACGCGAAGCCCGGGGCCAUUCACCAGCUGCUCAACGCGAUGCCAGCGGAGAACAGGGCGUUCGGCGUCCAGCAGAUGAACUUGCUCGAGCGCCUGCUGAAGCGCGAGGUGUUCGAGCUGAUG